AUGAAUAGAUUAGGAUCAACAGUGCUGCGUGCCAAUCGUCCAGUCUCUAAGCGGUUGUUUAGAGAGACAGCUAGAAAGUUUUAUUCCACUGGAACUGCUUCUAGCUAUUCAAACGCAUGGAAAUACGUUACAGUCUCUGGAUUGGUAUCUGCUAUUGCCAUCGGAUACAAUAUGCGACAACCUUCCGUCGCUUUAGAGACCGAAGUUGUGGAAGCCGCAGAGAUCCCAGAGAUUAGUCCGGUUGUUACAGAGACUCCUGUAGUUCCCAAAGGGAAGCAAUCUUCUGAAUCUGACUCUACUGGUGAGACUGUGCCCACACAACAGAGUUCGGAAACUGAGGCAGACCAUGAUCAAGCCGGUGCUUAUAAUCCAGAAACUGGUGAAAUCAACUGGGAUUGCCCAUGCUUAGGUGGAAUGGCCGAUGGCCCAUGUGGUGAGGAAUUCAAGGCAGCAUUCUCAUGUUUCAUUUAUUCAGAGGCGGAACCAAAGGGCAUAGACUGCAUUGAAAAGUUCAAAGGUAUGCAGGAAUGUUUCAGAAAAUACCCAGAAGUGUACAGCGAAGAGCUUAGAAAUGAUGAAGAGUAUGGAGAAGUCCCAGCUGACACCGCCGCUGAAGUGGAAGCCGAAAAUAAACUGGUGGAGCAGAUCAAGGAAGCACAUGAGACCGAAGGUUCCGUUUCUAUUCAAGCUGAGCAUCCAAAUGAGGCCGCUCAGGAAACCCCAGAAAUUAAAUAA